AUGUGUGGUGUCACCGCCGUCCUGCUGGGCGACUCGAAAGCCACCACGGCUGCUGUGGACUUGCAUGAAUCCCUUUACUUUCUUCAACACCGAGGGCAAGAUGCCGCGGGUAUCACAGUAUGCCAGGGCGGAAGGGUCUACCAAUGCAAGGGAAAUGGUAUGGCCGCCAAGGUCUUUGCCGAAGGACGACGCCUCGAACAGCUGCCGGGCUUUUGCGGCGUUGGUCACUUGAGAUACCCUACGGCGGGGACAUCAUCUGCGUCGGAAGCGCAGCCCUUCUACGUCAACUCGCCCUUUGGACUCACAAUGAGCGUGAACGGAAACCUGGUGAACACUCAGUACCUUCGCGAAUUCUUAGACGUGGAGGCCCGCCGGCAUAUCAACUCCGAUUCGGACUCGGAGCUCCUUCUGAACGUUUUCGCACAUGGCCUGAGUGAGCUCGGUAAGGCUCGAGCCAACACGGAUGAUAUCUUCACUGCGCUGGGUGAGGUGUACUCAAAGUGCCAAGGAGCUUUCGCAUGCACCGCGAUGCUCGCAGGUUUCGGUAUUCUAGGAUUUAGAGAUGCAAACGGCAUACGGCCACUCUGCCUUGGAUCUCGGCCGUCCGCUACGUUGCCAGGAGCCACGGACUACUUCCUGGCGUCGGAAUCUGUUGCCUUGAAGCAGCUCGGCUUCGGUAACAUUGUGGAUAUUCUGCCCGGACAAGCUGUUUUCAUUCAGAAAGGCGGCAAAAUCGAAUUCCGGCAGAUCGUGGAGAGGAAGUCAUACACACCAGAUUGCUUUGAGCUCGUGUACUUCGCGCGCCCAGAUUCCUGUAUCGAUGGUUUGUCUGUCUACCGCAGCCGACAAAACAUGGGUGUGAAGCUGGCCAAGAAGAUGAGGGAAACCCUGGGAGAAAAGGGUAUUGCGGAAAUUGACGUUGUCAUCCCUGUUCCUGAGACAAGUAAUAUUGCGGCAGCUAUUCUGGCUGAUCGGCUGGGCAAGCCGUAUGUAACUGCACUCAUCAAGAACCGAUACGUCCAUCGUACCUUCAUUUUGCCCAGCCAAGCUCUGCGACAAAAGAGCGUUCGCCGGAAAUUAUCUCCCAUCGAGUCUGAGUUCCGGGGCAAAACCGUGUGCCUGGUCGACGAUUCAAUAGUGAGAGGGACUACCUCACGUGAAAUCGUUCAAAUGGCCAGGGAAGCGGGAGCAAUUCGCGUCGUAUUCGUUUCGUGCUCCCCAGAAUGCACACACCCGCACAUUUAUGGCAUAGAUCUCGCUGAUCCUGCUGAUUUGGUUGCGCAUGGCAAGACGCGGCAAGAAAUUGCUCAACAUAUCGACGCCGACGAGGUCAUCUUUCAGGAUCUUGACGAUAUGAAGGCUGCGUGCAUUGAGGCGGCCGAGGGCCCGACUGAUAUUGAUGAUUUCGAGGUGGGCGUCUUCUGCGGAAGGUAUGUCACAGAUGUGCCCGACGGGUACUUUGAGCACCUCAGCCGGCUUCGAGGCAAAGAGCGGAAAACCGUGGCUCGUGCGAUUGAAGGUGGAGAGUCUGGCCAGGGGGAGGCAACUCUAGUGACCAAUUCUGGGCCUGUGAACAUUGGCUACCGCCGCCAGGAGUCAUCAAACGGUGGUGAUGACCGUGGCGAUGCUGCUGAGGGCGGCAACGAAAACGGCAGCACUCGUCCAGAGCAGCGCGAGGACAUCAGUCUUUACAACAUCGCGAGCGAACUCACAGUUCAUGAGAAGUAA